AUGCCGGGGCCCGGGGCCCGCGCGGACGAGGGCGGCGGCGGCGAGGGCGCGGGCCUGGGGCGGGAGCCGGCGCGGCUCUGCGGCUACCUGCAGAAGCUGUCGGGCAAGGGCCCGCUGCGGGGCUACCGCAGCCGCUGGUUCGUGUUUGAUGCGCGGCGCUGCUACCUCUACUACUUCAAGAGCCCGCAGGACGCGCUGCCGCUCGGCCACCUGGACAUCGCCGACGCCUGCUUCAGCUACCAGGGGCCCGACGAGGCGGCCGAGCCGGGCGCCGAGCCGCCCGCGCACUUCCAGGUGCACAGCGCGGGCGCCGUCACGGUGCUCAAGGCUCCCAACCGUCAGCUCAUGGCCUACUGGCUGCAGGAGCUGCAGCAGAAGAGAUGGGAGUACUGCAACGGCCUGGACUCGGCCACGUGGCACAGCAGGACCUCCCCGCCGCCGGGGGACUUUUCGAAGGGCCUCGUGGCCAGAGACACCACAGAUCCCGGUCACCCACACCCAAAUGCCUCUGCAGAAAAGGCCAGGAAUGUCCUAGCUGUGGAGACGGCCCCCGGGGAGCUGGUGGGAGAACAGGCUGCCAGCCAGCCGGCCCCUGGGAACCCGAACUCCCUCAAUUUCUCCUUGAAGCAGUGGGGCGCGGAGCUCAAAAACUCCAUGUCUUCCUUGCGCCCUGGAAGAGGGCACGAGAGCCGGAAGAGUGUGUUUUACACCAGCGAGGAGUGGGAGCUGCUGGACCCGAGCCCCAGGGACCUGGAGGAGUCCGCGGCGCAGGAGGAGAGGAGGAAGCAGCCGCCCGAGGGCAGCAAAGGGGUAACUAGCUCGGGGUUUCCCUUUGAUUUUGGCCGGGUUCCCUACAAAGGAAGACGCCCGUUGAAAGACAUGAUUGGCUCGUACAAAAGUCGUCACAGUAGCGGAGACCCUGCACCCGAGGGGACACCGGGCAGCGGUGGCGCCAGCAAGCCGCCCUCCGACGCACAGCUGCAGGGCCUGCAAGAAGAGCUGGAGCGCUUGCGGAAAGAGCUGUCCAGCCAGAAGGAGCUGGUGCGGCUGCUGCAGCAGACCGUGCGGUCGUCCCAGUACGACAAGUACUUCACGAGCAGCCGCCUGUGUGAUGGCGUCCCCGAGGACACGCUCGAGCUCCUGCACCAGAAGGACGACCAGAUCCUGGGUCUCGCCGGCCAGCUGGAGAAGCUCGGCCUGGAGAAGGAGAGCCUGCAGCAGGAGGUGCGGACGCUGAAGAGCUCAGUGGGCGAGCUCAACGAGAAGCUGGGGAUGCUGAUGGAGACCAUCCAGGCCAAGGACGAGGUCAUCAUGAAGCUGUCGCGGCAGCUCAGCGAGUGCGAGGACAGCGCGGGUAGUGCGGCCUCUCCCACCUGGCCGCCCAGCUCUCCCACAGCCGCCCCUGCCAGCAGGGACCAGCUGGAGCUGGACAGGCUGAAGGAUAACCUGCAGGGGUACAAAACCCAAAAUAAAUUUCUAAAUAAGGAGAUUUUGGAACUCUCGGCGCUGCGGAGGAAUGCGGAAAGGAGAGAGAGGGAUCUCAUGGCCAAGUACUCCAGCCUGGAAGCCAAGCUCUGCCAGAUAGAGAGCAAGUACUUGAUCCUGCUGCAAGAGAUGAAGACCCCCGUCUGCUCAGAGGAGCCGGGGCCCGCUCGCGACGUCAUAGCCCAGCUCCUGGAGGACGCACUGCAGGUCGAGGGCUCAGAGCAGCCGGAGCAGGCCUUCGUGAAGCCGCAUCUCGUCAGCGAAUAUGACAUUUACGGGUUCCGCACGGUCCCAGAGGACGACGAGGAAGAGAAGUUGGUGGCCAAGGUCCGGGCGCUGGACCUGAAGAGCCUGUGCCUCACGGAGGCGCAGGAGGUAUCCACGGGCGUCAAGUGGGAGAACUACUUCGCGAGCACCGUGAACCGGGAGAUGGCCUGCUCCCCGGAGCUGAAGAACCUGAUCCGGGCGGGCAUUCCGCACGAGCACCGCUCCAAGGUGUGGAAGUGGUGCGUGGGCCUGCGCACCCGCAAGUUCAGGGACAGCGCGCAGCCCGGCUACUUCCAGGGGCUGCUGCAGAAGGCGCUGGAGAAGCAGAACCCGGCCUCCAAGCAGAUCGAGCUGGACCUGCUGCGGACGCUGCCCAACAACAAGCACUACUCCUGCCCCACCUCGGAGGGCGUGCAGAAGCUGCGCAACGUGCUGCUGGCCUUCUCCUGGCGCAACCCGGACAUCGGCUACUGCCAGGGCCUCAACAGGCUGGUGGCCGUGGCCCUCCUGUACCUGGAACAGGAAGACGCCUUCUGGUGCCUGGUCACCAUCGUGGAGGUCUUCAUGCCUCGGGACUACUACACAAAGACGCUCUUAGGAUCCCAGGUGGACCAGCGGGUGUUCAGAGACCUGAUGAGUGAGAAGCUGCCGCGGCUGCACGCCCACCUGGAGCAGUACAAGGUGGACUACACCCUCAUCACGUUCAACUGGUUCCUGGUGGUGUUCGUGGACAGCGUCGUCAGCGACGUCCUCUUCAAAAUAUGGGACUCCUUUCUGUACGAGGGCCCGAAGGUCAUUUUCCGUUUUGCCCUCGCGCUUUUCAAAUACAAGGAAGAGGAGAUCCUGAAGUUGCAAGACUCCAUGUCCAUAUUCAAGUACCUGCGCUACUUCACUCGCACGAUCCUCGACGCUCGGAAGCUGAUCAGCAUCUCCUUUGGGGACCUGAACCCUUUCCCCCUGCGCCAGAUCCGCAACCGGCGCGCCUACCACCUGGAGAAGGUGCGGCUGGAGCUGACGGAGCUGGAGGCCAUCCGGGAGGACUUCCUGCGAGAGCGCGACGCCAGCCCUGACAAGGGCGCGCUGGGCAGCGACGAGGAGGAGGACACCUGAGCGGCCCGCUCCCAGCCAGGCGGCUCCUUCGUGCGGGCCCAGCGCGCCGCCCCCUCGGUCCCCGGACGCCUGCUGGGCCGCCGUCCAGACCACACCGCAGCCUCCGUUCGCUCCCGGCCACGGGCCGGGGCCCCACCGGUUUCCAGCCCCCUCUGCCACGCGAUCGGUCCCACGGAUCCCGUCGCGUGUUGCGAUCGAUGGCGCUCGGCCAGGCCCCCCGUCGGCGCCUCGCAGAGCCUGUUUGCAGCCUGGGUCACCCGUGGGGGCGUCCGCGCCCUUCGAAAGCCCCAGGCGGGCCGCCUCCCGGGCUGCGUCCCCUCUCCCCGCGGGCAGCGCAGCAUCCGCUGGGUGGCCGCGCCCUGGAGGACACCCAGUGCUCGGACUCCUAGGCCAGAACGUGGCCGCUUCCGCGGCAAAGCGACUUCCCAGGAAAGGCGAGCACGUCGCUGCUCAGCAACCGCCCGGAGGAGCCGCACCAGCCUGCUGGGGGCCACACACCGCAGGCGGCUGACCGUCCUGCCAGGCAGCCUCGGCCGGGGGCGCAGGGGUCCAGCUGCUCAGUGGGCGGGGUCUGCGGCUCCCUCCAGAGCAGCCGGUGCGCGCAAGCGGCCCCCCGCCUGGCUGGGCCGUGCCUCUGCUCGGGC